AUGUCAUCUUCUUCAGUAACCACCCUCCAAGCCAAUAUUGAUUUGGAAAAACCUUUCUACGAAGAACUCGAAAAACAUAUUAAUUCAUUAAAUAGUAAAUAUCGUGAAAAAUUUGUAAUAAGAAAACAGACUUGUGACGACAUUUCAAAAGCAUUAUUAUUAGAAGGAGAACAUAAUGUUGAGGAUGAAGAUCAGUUACCAACAGCUGUUGCUGAAGCUGAUGAUGGAAGAGCUGAUGAUAUAACAAGUUGUACAUUAAAUUCAAAUGAAUUAGUUGAUGAUAUUGAUAGUGAUAUAAAUCUCCUUGUUAAAAAAUUAACAGAUGAUGCUGUUGAUACUGUUUGUAAUUCUGUUACUGAUUUAUCUUCUUCAAAUUCUCAUUCAGAUGUUCUUUCUCAACCUUCAUCAUUUU